AUGCGGUGGACGGGGGAUUCACAUCAUAGAUGUGCAGCUGACAAAUCUGCAGCAACUGUUGGAAAAUGUUUUAAUUUAGAGGAACUUCGUCAGCUGCUGACUCACAAUGAGCUCCAGAUCAGAGCCAUUCAGUCUCUGUGGGAACAACACCUGCAGGAGGCGCUGAAGGACUGGGAGCAGCAGUAUGCCAACAUCACACAGGAGAGGAGGAUGAUGCAGAUGCAUCCCUACAUCCUGAACAUCAAUGAGGAUGCUCAGCUCUCAGGAGUGGUGAAGCUCUUCAUUCAAGAGGGUGAGUGGGACGUUGGCCUCAGCGACUCGUCUCCCAGAUCCAUCACUAUUAAAGGCUUAGGGAUCCAAGAGCGUCAUGCUGUGUUAAAGAAUGAACAGCGGCGAGUUACAUUAACUCCCACAGCAGGGUCAAAGGUCAUCCUCAACGGUAACACCGUCUGCCAGACGACAGAGCUGCAGCACCUGGAUCGUCUCAUUCUGGGUUCGAACUCGACCUACCUGUUCAUCGGUUAUCCUUCCGAGCGCGGCGCAGAUGACUGGAGCCGCUACGACUACGACUACUUCCAGUCUGAACUGGCUGCUGCUGAAGGCAUCCACCUGGGUGAGACGGGUGCUGGAUUCAGUCAGACAGACCCAAGUCUACUAGCGGUUUUCUACGACUACGUCAAACUGAUGCCGAUGGUGGCAGAGGCCAACCAAAUGAGCCAAGAACUGAACAAGGUCUCACAGGGUCAUGCUGAAGUAGAGUUCAAGCUGGAGAUCAAGAAUCUGGUGCUGUCAGACUCCAAAGGUCAUGACCUGCAGAAGGACAUUGUUGUCUGGAUCUGGUCCAAAACCAAGUUUGUCAACCGCAAGUUUUUGAUGGAGGAUGUUUACCAGCAGUUCCAGGCUAAGCAGAGCGGGGAAAACAGAGCAGAGGGACUCCCUGCAGUUGCAUUGCCCAGAGAUAAAGACCCGUUCUGGGAUCCAGUCGAACCUCUGCUCCUGGGCACAGCUCACCUCUGGCUUCAGUCUUUGGCCUUCCGCAUCUCCCUGGAAGAACAACUAGAGGUGUUGGGGUCAGAGGGCACAGAGGAGGCCAUUCUACAAGCCCAGCUGGUCCCAUGUACUUCGACAGGACUCCCUCUGGGUGAAGAUGACAUCUUGAUUGAUCCGUCUGAGGUACUGGGUCGGAGACUGGACUUCCAGCUGGUCUUGGCUCAGUGCUGUGGGGUUCGCUGGAUAAGAGAUGCCCGCAACCGAGGAAUCCAGAUUGGUUUCAGAUUAUUCGACUGCAGCCAGCCCAUCUUUACUCCAGCUGUGUGGCACAACAUCAACCCUCUGUUGGACCACCGGGUCCACUUCGCCUCUCUGCACACCUCCCAGCAUCUGCUGGACUACCUGCAGAGCAGUGCUGUGGUGCUGGAGCUCUGGGGUCUUCAAGGACAGGCCUAG